CAGCUGUAAUUGACUGCAUAUUGGUGACAAUUUAGUUAAAGUCUGCAACAGCCAGCAAUAAAUAAGUCAGAAAUGUAAUAGUUCGAAGGUGUUCCUAAUUAAUAAUUUGAUGCCCUUACAACUUUAAUGUCAUUAACUAUUAAUAUCAAUUGAAUUUAAUACAAUGACGUCUUUGCCAGAAGUUCCUACAGACGAACUACUUAAUUUCCAAGAUUUUCCAACUGGUAGUGAACAGCAUACUGUUCGUAUUGAGACAACAAAUCCUUCCCUAACGAUUGAUAAUUUCGAUAAAAAGGAAGAUUAUAAGGAAGACAAUGAGACAAAAACAAAGUCAUUUUGGACACUGGAAUACUAUCAACAAUUUUUUGAUAUAGACACAGAUGAAGUAUUGCAUAGAAUCUUUGCUUCCAUUAAUCCAAAAGAACCUUUGGGGCUAAAACUUGAAACUAAGCCUGACUUAUAUGGGCCUUUUUGGAUAACAAUAACACUAAUCUUCACUAUUGCAGUCAGUGGAAAUAUGGCAAGUUAUCUCCAUAAAGCAGAUGUUAAUUAUCACUGGAAGUAUGAUUUUCAUCUUGUAUCAUAUGCUGCCACAGCUAUUAUAAGUUACAUUUGUAUUGUUCCUUCUGCAAUUUGGUUUUCAUUGAAGUGGACCAUUCCACCAACAGAUGUAGAUUUAACUCGUAUACCAAGUAUUUUUAAAAUUAUGUGUCUGUAUGGGUACUCACUGUUCAUUUACAUUCCUAUAUCUAUUUUAUGGACAGUCCAAAUUGUCUGGUUUCAGUGGUUAUUAGUAAUAUUUGCUGCAUCAUUAUCGGGGUCUGUUUUAUUGUUAGCCUUAUAUCCCAGUUUGAGAUUGUCAAACUUUAAAUUAAUCUUUGCAUUUGCAAUUAUAUUAUGCCACUUCUUUUUAGCAUUAAGCUUUAUGCUAUAUUUUUUCCAUGUUCCUAAUCAUCCACCCACUAAUGUUUCAUCCCCACAUCCUCUUAUUAAUGUACCAUUCUCACAUUCUAUUAAUAAAACAGGAAAUGCUUAGUACACUGUUUUCUUUUGUUAAAAUGUCUUAAUAUUUUGAAUUUUGUAAAUAAUACAAGAAAAAUAAAAC